CGGCGGAGGGGCCGGGCCGCCAUGGACCCCCCGAGCUGCAUGAAGGCGCUGCUGCUCGCCGCCGCGGAGCACCGCGCCGCCAGGACGGCGCACAGCGCCGCGCUGCUGCAGCGCAGCCUGGAGGUUAUCUCUGGACUGAAGCUUACCCGGAUUUUUGCUUCAAACCAGAUUCUACCAAGUGAAUGUCUCAGUUGCCUUGUAGAGCUCCUGGAGGACUCUAAUAUAAACCCUUCUCUGGUCUUGUCUGUGGUUACUUUGUUGUCACAGCUAGCUUUAGACACGGAGACAAGAGAAGCUCUCCAGGACACCUACAAUCUGACCAGUGUGCUGGCAGGAGUGGUUCAUCGAAGUUCUACUAAUCUGAGUGACCCAGUCUUAUUAGAGGGUAUUCAGUUGCUGCAGAGACUAACCUACAACGUUCCCAUCUUUUGUGCUGGUGCCAACAUCGAUGGAUUAAUUUUGUUUCUAAUGCAUCGUGUUCAAUCCACUGAAGAUGAGUUAACAAUACCGUGUUUGGGACUCCUGGCAAACCUCUGUCGUCACAACUUGUCUGUUCAAAGUCAGAUAAAAUCUUUGAAUAAUGUGAAGAGUUUCUAUCGUACCUUAAUAAGUUUCUUGGCCCACAGCAGUUUGACUAUGGUUGUGUUUGCACUUUCAAUAUUAUCAAGCCUUACCUUAAAUGAAGAAGUAGGAGAAAAACUUUUUCAUGCUAGAAACAUCCAUCAGACAUUUCAGUUAAUAUUCAAUAUUGUUGUAAAUGGAGAUACUCUAACAAGAAAAUAUUCUGUUGAUUUACUCAUGGAUCUUAUGAAGAACCCCAAAGUUGCAGAUUAUCUUACCAGAUACAAGCACUUCACCUCUUGCCUCGGUCAAGUAUUAGAUCUUCUUCAUGGAAGGGACCCUGAUUCAUCAGCUAAGAUCUUGGAGCUGCUGCUUGCCUUCUGCUCUGUGCUGGAGCUGCGUCACACCCUGCGGCAGGCGAUACUGGAACCAGCUGGCUUGCCAGUCUCUGCAAACACCAGACUUGUGAAUAGCUCCAAGAGUUUUGAACCAUCUGUUGCAUUGGUGCACUUGUCAAACCAACCAUUGGAAGGCUCUGAAGACUGUUCAGGUCUAGCAUUGCAACUACUCAAAGAGAUUUUUGAGGAUGUUAUUAAUAAUAAGAAUGGUGAAUCAGCGGAACAAUUUGUGGAUCUUUUGCUGCCUGUUCUUCUUGAUCAUCUUCAGAUGCCAGAACAGAUUGGGGAUGAGCUAUUAGUGAAGAAAAAGUGUGAAAGAAUGGUCAAGACUAUUAAUGUCCUGACAAUGCUCUGCGGAGAUGACACACUGAAAAUGUGUGUCUCGAAGGUGCUGACUGCCAGCCAAUGCACAUGUCUGAUAGAACAUCAGUUUCCUUAUUGUGGGAUUGAUACUGGUUUUGGGACAAAACUGGUGGACUCUAAAAUGUGCAAACUUGCUACUGAUAUUAUUUUGAAAACACUUGAUCUUAUGAGCAGAUUGCAGCAGGAUGUAUCUGGUAUGAAGGCCAGUUUGUACAAAAUGUUACAGGAUCAGCGCUUGAUUACACCUUUGACAUUUGCUUUAACAUCAGACCAUGGAGAGCAGGUCCAAGUGGGGCUUAAAAUCUUGUUUAAAGUUGCACCUUUACCAGAUUUUCCUGCCGAAUUGCUGGGUGAAAGCAUUGUAGCAAAUAAUGCCUACAGACAACAAGAAAUGCAGCACAGAGCAAAGAGAAUCCAAAUGCAGGCACCUGUGACCAGCACUACUUCAGUGAGGUGUUCUUCAUCCUAUCCUUCAAGUAAUGACUCCAAAGCUUCAAAUAUUGAGGAAUUAAUACAAAAACUUCAUACUGGACUAGAGAUGAAGGAGCCCUUGGCUGAUGUGAGGAUAUCUGACAUAAUGAAUGUGUACGAGCAGAAGCUGUUGGCAUUAGCAUCUAAAGAAACGAGGCUGCAGGAUCUGCUGGAAGUCAAGGCAGUAGCUCUGGCUCAGGCUGAGAGGCUGAUGGCUCAGUACCGGUGUCAGAGAGCCCAGGCUGAGUCUGAGGCAAGGACUCUUGCUGCAAUGCUGAAGGAUGCAGAACGAAAAAAUGAAGAGCUUGAUGAUUUGCUGAAGGCUCAACAGGUAGAAUCUGAAAGAGCACAGACUGAUAUUGAACAGCUCUUUCAGCACAACAGGAAAUUGCAGGCAGUUGCUGAAGAACAUGAAAGACUAAAAAAAUCCACUCUUGAGCUCCUUCAAAGGAAUGCUGCACAGUUACUAGAAAGUGAACAUCACAGAAAUGAAUUACAGCAACAGCUACAGGAGAGAGAUGGCACAAUAGCAACCUUGCAACAGAAUAUAAAUGUUCUGGAAGAAAAAAUAAAAGCUCAGCAGAAAGAAAAAAUAGAUAUGGAGCAAACUAUCGAUACUCUUAGAAAGGAAUUAAGUGAAACACAGCAAGCAAGGGAAGAACUGAGUGUCAAGGCAUCUUCUCUGGAAGUUCAAAAAUCCGAGUUGGAAGGCUGCUUGGCAGAAAAAGAAGCACUCAUAAAUCUGCAGAAGGAAAAAUUGGACAUACAUACCAGUGUGAUUGCAGCAAUUCACAAACUAAGUGAUGGCAAGCAAAGUGCAGAAACAGUGAACCUCAGUUUGUAGGGUUCUGUUUGCUGUGCUUGAUGAGUUCUGUUAAGUGAACUAAAUUAUAGGGGUGACUGUCAGCUUUGUACACAGCACAGGCAGUUUGGUUGCCUUUUUGCAUAUUGCAAUUACUGCUUAGAAAGGUCAGCAACAAAAUAAAAUGUUAUCAGAGCUGCUGAAUUAAGGGGUUUAGUUGGAGUUCUGCAAACUCA